AAAAGGUCCAUUAUUUUAUUUAUCGUAAGAAGAACGGUAUCUCUUCAAUUUUUGUCUGCAAUAAAGUGCAAAAUAAAAAAGCCCUAGCUCUCACACAGCAAUACUAGUACUAGUAGAUACACGAAGCUUUUGGAAGAUAAACACAGCAAAUCAAUUUCUGCAUUUGAAAUACCCACCAAAGGUUAAGUAGUGAUGGAGUCUCAAGAGAAUAAUAAUGAUUCAAAGGGGGGAUUCCGUAAGCUGUCGAAUGAUGCAGUUAACAGGAAAUACAGGCGUCGCUCUCCCCUUGAUGGAUCCUCCUCCCCUGACGGGAGCCCUGGCCGCAAGAGGAGCUCUAGUCCUAUCCCAUCGAGGAAGGAUGAUUGGCGACACAAGGAUGAUUAUUUAGAUCGAAACCGACAAGGUCGAGGUGGUGAAUCUCACAGGCAGUCUUCUAGGAGUUCUCGCAAUCACCAUAGGCACGACAGGCAUACUGAUGAUGAUGAUAGAGGAUAUUCAAAACUAUCCUCUCAUUCUCAUCGUGAUUCAAAAGUGGACAAUUAUUCCAAGAACUCCAGGCGAGAUAAUGAUCAUAGAUCAAGAGACUACCCACGUGACAUCGACAAACACUACCGAGAUAGGUAUGAGGAUUUAGGGCAUAGAAGCAAGAACCGGGAGAGAGAAACUUCAUCAUUCAAAGAUAAAGAUUCAUCAUUUGAUAGAGUAGGAUCAGGUAGGCGUUAUAAUAAAUCUAGCAUUGACGAUAAUAGAUCCAGGGAGAGUGAUAGGUAUAAGGAGUAUAGAGACAGCCGAGAUCACAAGAGUGAUCGUUUGCCUGCUUAUGAGGAGUCUAGAAGCAAACGAAAUGAGUCAAAUUCAAGAAAAGACUGUUCUGUGCAACGGCUGAAGGAAGCGGACUUGGAUGGCGAGAAAUACACCAAAGAGGAAAGGAAGAACUAUCAGGACCGAGAGAAGAUAUUUGAAGACAGAAAUGUUGGUUCUGGUAAAGGGCGAGAGUCUCCAGCUAAGAAGUCAAAAUUCUCAGGCAUGGAUCAGAGUUCUGAGCAGGGAAAAGAUGGCUUGAAUCCAGCAAGUGCAGCUGAUGGAAACCUUUCUUCGAACUCAAAACAAGGUCAAGAUCCAAACAGUGAAUUGGCUUUGGAGCAUGGGGUAAAAGACUCUGAUAUAGAUGCUGCAAAAAUUGCUGCAAUGAAGGCUGCUGAAUUAGUUAAUAGAAACCUUAUUGGAACGGGUAUCAUGACUACUGACCAAAAGAAGAAGCUGCUGUGGGGAAACAAGAAAACGACGACUAAUACUGAAGAGUCCACUCAUCGUUGGGAUACAUCACUAUUUGGUGACAGCGAGCGUCAAGAAAAAUUCAACAAACUCAUGGGUGUGAAAGGCGAGGUGAAGACAGAGAACAAACCAGUCAUUCACGAUGCAGAGAGGCAAAAGGAGCUCCAGAUGGACUUGGAGAAGCAAUAUACUGCUGGACUUCGCCGAAGAGAUGGUCGUACAGUUGGACUAGGUCUCUAAGAUUUUCCCUUAAUCAUCUUUGUAUUUUUACUACUCUUGUGGUGGUUGUGUUGUGCUGUUUUGCAGUUCUGGAGCUGCAUGUAUUAUGUCUUACUAAACUAUGUUUCCUGAAAUUUCCGUUAUCUUGUGAUCAUGGACUGUAUUGGUCUACAACUGUAGUUGAUGUUAUGAUGGAGAUUUCUUUUGCUA